AUGUCCGCAGAAUUCCCUUUCGCGACGAAGAUAGUAAGUCCCUUAAAAUGCAUUGAAAAACCAUGGGAUUUGUGGGUUAGCGAAAUUGGACACCUGUCUCCUCGCCGUGAUGACGACGGCAUGGGCUUCCCGUCAUCGGCGACAGAUAGUCGGGGCCAUGCGGUGGUCAGGAGGCCACACGAAGUUCAUCCAUACAAAUCCACGGAGAGGAUUCAGAAAGUUUAUCGAAGAGCCGGAGUCAAUCGUCUUCAGUACGAGAGCAUGAGUCUCCAUGGUCUUUUCCCACAAAUGGAUAAUCUUAAUGCGGCUGUGUGUCAUAUGUGUGGAAUCACAGUGAAGUGUAGUGCAGCAUACAGACAUUUAUUAGAGUCCCAUACCGGUGCAGAACCAAUACUCCCACCUCCUCCUCCCACCGUAAAGCUAAAAUCCAAUUUAAGUAGAAGUCGUCUUAAAAAAGAUCCUUUGCCUCCUCUCCCUGUAGACAUACAUCCAAUAAAGUUGGAAACGUCUCCUGUUCACACAGCUGCAGCUCCUAUCUCAAGGAUAGUUUUGCCACAACCUGAUUUACAAUACUUGGAGGAAGCGAGCACUUCCUCAGCAAUAACAGGGGAAGUACAAGUUAGCAUGGAGAGUGGCGAGUUACCAGUUGUGAGUAUACAGGACACUGAAGAAUUACCCCUUGGUGAAAAUAUUACAGAUGACAUUUUUGCAAUAAUGAACUCUGAAGGAAUCCAGAGUGCAGAUGACAUCACAAAUGCCGCUGAUUGGAAAAAUAUAAUCAGGGAUAUAGGAAAUAUGCAGGAAAUAAAUUUUCCAUCUACUGCAGAUUCUAUACAAUCACAAGACUUAUAUUCAACAGUUGAUACCUCAUUCUCCAAUUACACUUUAGCUGACUCCGAUUUAUCUAAUUUGCAAUUCCCUCCCAAUGCAUCACCCUUGCUGUCAACUGUGAUAGACAAUAAUGUACUCAAUGCUCAAGCUUUAAAACAGACGCCUACCACGCCGUCCACGAAAACAUCACGAAAGUCAAGUAAAACGAAAGCAAACAAUCAGAGAGAAUACGACCCGAACAAGCAUUGUGGGGUCGUGACAGCCGAGAACCCAAAGCCUUGCACGAGGUCAUUGACGUGUAAGGCGCACGCGUUGUCCUUGCGACGCACAGUCGAUGGCCGAUCUAAGCCUUUUGACACACUGCUAGCCGAGCACCGAGCAUCGCGGGAAGCUGCGGCCGGUGGAGCACCACUCACCUCGCCCGCCUCGCUCCCACCACUCCUAGUCAAUAGUUCGCUGGACCUCGGCAGUUUUAACGGAAUGACCGCCGAGCAACAGGUCAACGACAUAUACGCGAGCUUGCUGAGCGUAGAGGAUCCCAUGCUGCCCGACACAUCCGGCAUCACGUCUCUCCUGAGCCAGCCACUGUCGGACCCCUUCCUAUUGCCGGACGACGCGGAGCCAGCGCCGGACGCACCUCCUCUCGUCCCGCACCGCACUCGAGAGAUCCCUCCCGUCCCAGCUACGUCCACAGCUCCCAGCUCCGCUCCGUCGCUAGUUCCGGGUGACGUUUGUUGGUACGCCGCCAGCCCUCGGCCACUCGCCUUGUGUACAUUCAACACAUCGCACGCGGGCGGUGUCAUUACACUGGGAAAGAAAUUCGCAACCGUUCGGAACAACAUAAAAACGUCGCUCUCGCGGUCAAGCAAGGUCACAUGUGCCUCUAAUAACUAUUACGGACAGGGUAUGUCGCUUUCGAAGACCCUGCAUAUGAACAAUGCCAACAAGACGAACAAACCCGAGGUUCGAAAGUUGAUAGUGACGUGUAGUGCGCCCGGCGUUCAGAGGGAAAUGCAACAGACUUUGAGUGAUCUCUUCGGACCGGACGUGAGACAUACGCUGAACGGUCACAUGGGGCACGCGGGUCACACUAGCCAUAUCGGAUUAGGUAGAAGCACGCGAACCACGCUCAAGAGCGCCAAGCGGGCCUCAGCUGCCGCGCUCGAUCUUGGCUUCCCUCUAGACCCAUUGCUAGCCGACGAGAAGUGUUGA